GGGGUCUUCAGGGUCCCUGGAGUGUGCAAGUCACUGAAGUUGCACUUGGUGGCAGCAAGUGGAGCCAGCCCCACCCAGGCCCAUAACACGCAGCUCCUGCCCAAAUCCCUGACUGCACAUGGUGACAGUGUAUGGGGCUAGCCCCACUCAGCCCAGUAGUGCUUCCGCCUUAAUCCCCAGCUGCACAUGGUGGCAGGGUGUGGUGCCAGCUCCACCCAGCCCCAUAACAUGCAGCUUCUGCACUCCCACCUGAGUCCCUGACCAGAAGUGGUGGCAGCAUGUGAGGCCAGCCCAGCCUGGCCCCAUAGCAUUCCCAUCUAAGUCCCUGGCUACACAUGAUGGCAGGGUGUGGGGCCAGCCCUACCCAGCCCCAUUGUGUGCAGCUUCUGCACUCCCACCACAGUCCCCAGCCACAUGAGGUGGCAGCAUGCAGGGCCAGCCAGCCCCAUAGCACAUAGCUCCUGGCACUCCUGCCCCUUUCCUCCAGUGGGAGUCUCUAGCCCAUACCUGAAUUCUCACUUUCACAGGGAGGCUGGAAACAGCCAAAGGGCCACCAACAAAAGCCUCUUCCAGGCAGAGGUUUCUAGUCUCUAGCACCCCCUAGUAUGGGGCUGGGGCAGGGUGGACCAUGCUGGAAUGGGGGGGGGGGGGCAGGAGGGUUGCUUAGCAACCAGAGCCAAACCUCUUGCAGGGACACAUUGGGUUGCAGAGGGGAAAAGAGGUCCAGGGCUUACAGAGGGGCCCUGUGCGCUGGAUGGAAUUGCUUGGUGGGUUGAAUCUGGGCCACAGGACAUAUUUUGCCCAUCACUGCACUAGAGAAUGAUGAGAUGCCUUGGAAGUAGGUACCACAUACAUUUUUUAACAUAUCCAUAUCAAAAUCUGGUCUUCCUAUCUAGUAAAUCCACUGGAUUUUCCAUUCACAGUCUCAGCCACCAAGUAUUCUCCUGGAGUAGUGGCUCUCAACCAUUUAGGAUUCAAGGCACCCUUUGGAAAAUGCCAGUUCUUAAUUUUCACUUAGUUGUUUUUGACUACAAAAAAAUAAUAGAGCCAUUCUUCUGUUGCAAAGAACUCAGAAGGGCCACAAUAGGUCAGAAUGGUUUAAUAACUAUGAAUUCCUAUUUGAAAUGUCUGGGUUUAUCUUGUGAAUCAUGUUUGCACAUCUAACAGUGCUGACACUGCAUAGCACCCCAUAGCAACCUUGAAAGGAUUUCAGGGCACCCAGGGUGCUUAAUCAUCUACCCACCUCACCUCUCUUGUACCCUCCCUACACCCCAGCUCAUCUAAAUUGCCUUGAUCAGCAAUUAAAUCCCGUCCCCCCCAAGAAACUGGAUGCAAUUCUGACCCCUACAAAAUGCAGUCUCAAUUUUCCUUCUCCCAGACCCCUGUACCCUGGGAGUCAGUCCCAGGAUUUUUGGUUCAGCCAGUUCCAGUCUCCCUACCACCAGCUCUAGCGUAAAUAUUAAUUCUACCUCAGGCUCUUGUUCCUGUCUGUUGCCUUCACUAUGCUAAAAUUUGCUGUUUAUGCCCCCUCUGCAUUUGAGUCAGGCUGUUUCCUCUUCUGUGCUGUUUUGAUGCCAAGAAGUGAGAUUUCUAAAAUAUGGAAUAAAAGUCCAUUUGCGCUCAGUUUUGGUACCGAGCGCCCCAGCAGUUUCAGGAAUAAUGGUAGAGAAAAUGCUGUUAAUCCCUUAAUCCUUUUGAAUGGAGCAUGUCCAGUGCAGAUGGAAGUGUUGUAGAAUCUAGCUAGCAAACCUUAGAGGUGUCUAUAUAGAGUUUCUACUGAACACAUGUAAACCAAUUUCUCAGAGUCAUAUCUUGGCAAAAUUUGGGCAAAUUUUCAUAGAUAAGGCAAAAAAAGUAUACCCCUCUGCCCAAAUUCAUGCCUCUACUACAAAGCAUGGAUGCAGAAGAGAUUUUUAGCCAAAUGGUUAUAAGACUUUUUUCUUUAAAUAGGAUAAAUAACAUGUAUUCCACUAAUUUCAUUCUUGGAAAGAGCUUGAACCACUUUUGCUGGAACAUUCCAAAAUAAUUCAGCCUGAAGCAGAAAAUCAGCAUGAAGAAUUUCAGCCCAAACUGUUAAAGUUUGCUAAAGUUAUAAGCAACAGGGUCUUAUAAUUUAAAUGUUAAAUAUAGGCAGCACAGCCUAGUCUGCCUAUAAUAAUGCUUUCCUGCCAGCAGCUGAAGAUAGUGCAAUAGAAUCUCUUGAUGAUGUCAUCCUGCUGAAGCUGAUGACAGCAUGCAGGGGGCUUUUUGGCUCAUGGACUUGAACUGAAACUUUGAAAGUAAGAUAUAAACAGCCUUCAGGGAACACAUUUUAAACUUGUCAUAAAUUGGUAAGACCCUGUGCCCAUAAUUUUAUACAGUAUAUUAUAUUCUGGUCCUUUGAGGGAUAAAGUCAGGAAUAGUAUACAAGAACUUAGAGAAAAAUUUCAAGUAGGGAAGAUGUCUUGUUCUUGCUUUGUUUUUCAUUAAUUUCCAGACACUUAGGCUAAGCAUAGAAAUUACACAUACACCAGUAUAAGUGAACAGAAACUUGUCUAAACCUGCAACAGAACAGAAAUUCAGUGUACAUAGACUGGUUUAAAAAUGGCAGAACCUGGUUUAAGAUAGACCUGGAUAGGUGUAGUAUCAGGUUUAAUCAUUUUAGAAUAAACGAGUUUAUUUAACUUCUGUUCAAGAUCACUUCCUAACUCAAGUUAGAUCACAGUCCCCUGGCAUCCCAGGAUGCUUUGUGCUUCUCCCAAAUCUCCCCCUUUGCAGGGUGGGUGAACUAACCUCCACUAGUAGUCCACAGCUCUGACUGAGCCAGGCAGGUCCCAACUCCCGGCUGUCUCAGAGCUGAGGCAGCAAAGCCUCAGGUCCCCAGCCCUGUUUCCUGCCUGCACCUGUCAGUCCAGCAUGGCAGUGCAGGGUAAGGUAGGAGAAUGGAGCCCCCUGCCCUAGCCCUGGGCUUCCUCCAGUUUGGGGCUGCCUAGCUGGGUGGGCCCCUGAACCAUGAAGUGUUCUCUCCCGUGUCAGCAGGGCUGACUGGAUAGCCUUGUCCCCUGCAAGUCUCUGUCUCUGUCCCACAAUAGCAGGGGAGGAACAAAGCCCCCAACCCCCAUCUUGGAACCCCCAAACUGAGGUCUUCUCCAUUGGGGGGGGAUGCCCAUGCCAUGGGGGUUUUUCUCCUGUCCCCACCCAGCUAGGCCAGCUCCAUAGAAGGAAGGAUCUGGUCCCACUAUGCAGCACAAGCCCCCUGAGCUGCCUGGCACAUCUUGAAAGCUGCUGCUAGUACCAGGCUCCAGUAGGAUGUACCAGGUGACCUCGUGGGCUUGUGCUGAGCAGCAGGGAUGGGAGCAAUCCAUAGAGGGAAGGAUCAGGCCCUGCUGCCUGGUGUGGGCCUCCUGGGCUGCCCAGUAUAUCCUGCCAGAGCCUGGCAUCAGCAGGCAGAUGGUAAAUGUGCCAGAAAGUCUGGAAGUCUUGCAGACAGCAAGGAUAGGAGCACUCCAUAGAAGUAAGUAUCCUGCAUAGUGCAAGCCCCCAAACCAUCCAGCAUGUCCUGCUGGCUGUUACUGGUUCUGGCAAGACACAGGAAGCCUGGGAGGCUCAUGCCAGGCAGCGGGGCCCAGUUCUUCCCUCUAUGAAACACUCUGGUCCUUGCACUUCAAGCCCCCAGUGCUCCCCUCAGCUGGGUAGACCUCAGAUCAGGGAAGCUGAGACCAGGGUCGGGGGUUUCAUUCCCCACCCCCCUGUCCUGUGGGUUAUAGGCAGAGACUCAAAGGGGGCAGGGGUGUUCAGACAGCCUGGCCCAGCCAGGCAGGGGGGCAGGAAAAGCUCCCAUGGCAUGGGUCUCCCCAUCUGGGAGGACCCCAGCUUGAGGGGGGCAAGGCUGGGAUGGGGGGCUUUGUUCCUUCCUCCCCCCUGCAAAUCAGAGGCAGAGACUUGCAGGGGGCAGGGCUGUGCAGCCAGUUUGACCAGGCAGGGAUAGGGACUCCGCCCCCCCCCCCCCCCACACCCUGUGGUGGAGGUUUUCCCCAGCUGGGCAGGCCCUGACUCUGGGGGUGGGGGGCUCCAUUUUUCCAUCCUCUACAGUGGGGGGUAGCAGGGGAUUGGGGGCAUGUUCCAGGCAACCAAUGAAGGAUGCCCCCCUCUUCUAUGCACUCGGGUGCCUUUGGUAAUGCCCAGCAUGCUGGGAGGCAUGCAAGAGCCCCCACCCUCUCACACCACCGCCUUCUGCCUUCAGCUGGUGCAGGCAUCUGCCUGUCUUCUCCAACCAAAGAGUGAACGUGAGUUCCAUUAGUUAACGGUCCAAUCUACAUAGAUUAAAGAAACCUGUGAAGAUUGGAUCAAUUCCCCCUCAGGCUUUUUGACUGUAUUUAGCACUAGUCUCUUCCAAAAUUGUUUUUAGAAAAUAGUCAGGAAGAAAUUUUCACUGAUUGCUGUCUGUAACAUCAUCAUACUAAAAGCUGCAUUGGCCAAUGCCUGCUUACUGAAGGCCAAAGACCCUUCUGCAUUUUUGGUAUGGGUGCUUUUAUCCAUGAAGAAACCACUGUUCUAUUAGAGUUGACUGUAAAUAUAUUUGAGGUUUCAUUAAAUGUUGGAUUGUGCCUUUUAGUAGAGGCAGGGUCCAGAAUGUAAAAGGACAUAUGUUUUGUUUCUAAAUUUAUGACUAGCAUGACUGAAUCAAGUCUCCUAACCCCAAUGUACCAUGAAUGCCAGUUGUCCUUUGGGAAUUAGUUUAAGGCCUCUGCUUUAGAAGUUGCAAUUUUCCUUUUUCUGACAAUCAAUCUAUUUUCACUUCCUUCUUAUAAAAUAUUUUUCAGAAGGUUGCUAUGAUAUAAUUUUGACAGUCUUCUAAUUUCUGGACCAGAGUCAGUCAGGCUUCAGGCCUGUUUUUGAGACAGAAGCUGCUCUGACAGGAGAUUUCAAAAUAGUUUCAUAUCAUGUUUUGCCUGCUACAUGUGUCAGCCUAUAUGAGCACUUGUGCAAACUUAAUCUUCUUUCCUCAAGACCAAUCCUGUUCCCCUUGGAGAGUUAUAUAGCUCUCCUAUAGCAUAGAAUAUACUAUGCUGAAGGAUGCACGUUACAGUCCGAAUCAUACUUUGUCUACAGUCUAAAUGCUGAUAUCUAAAUGCUACUUACACAUCUAAACAUAGGUAUGUAAGAGGCACUUAAUGCUACAUAAGUGGAUUUUGGAUCCUAUUUCCACCUGUGGAACCUGGGAAGGUGUGUAAUUCUCUAAAACUUUAACUGAAGGUUAACCAGCUAGGAAGGAUGUUUGCCAGGAUUUGAACCCUUCCACAUUUUAUCCUAAUGGGAGAGUGGGGGACAGGGAGGGUAGGAAGCCUACAGGGAAUCUAAACCUACAUUUUUUACUUUCCAACACUUUCCAAAAUGCUCUAACCACCAACCAGGGUAGGUAGGGUUGAAAAUACCCUCCAUUCUCAAGGGGGGAAAUAUGUUGAGUCAGCAGGAGAGUAACCCAGAGAAAGUCUGGCUCUGUGAUUGAGAGAGAUGGGCAAUGCCCUGAAAGGGAGGCAGUGGAGGAUGUGGGUUUUGGUCCCUGCUCCUGCCCACAAUGGUGUUUCUGCUUUUUUACAUUUAACAUGGCAGUUAUUAAGAAGGACAAGUCUUGUCACAAAGGUGAAAAUAGGAUUUAAAAUCCAUAAAUGGAUUUUCAAGUCAAUACAUGGGCCAAAGUGCCACUUACUUGUCAAUGUUUAGUCAUGUUGACAGUUAAGCUUUUAGGCAAAAUAUGAUUUGGGCCAACAUGCCUCCAUCCUAUUCCAUGUUGAAGACAUGCUUAACUGAAUAGAGGAGGAGGAGAAAGAGGAGCAGAAAGGCCAACCCAUCUUUUUCCAAUAGUCUAGCAAUUACAGGACUGGACCAGGAAGUGGGAGACUCUGGAUCUAAUCUCUCCUCAGCCAAAUAGGGUUUGAAUCUAUAGUUCCUAGAGAAGUACUCUAACCACUAGCCUAUGGGCUAAGCAGGCUGAGUACAUUCUCCAUUCCUAAUGUUGCAGCUUGCCCACUCAGAGGAAAGGAAUACAAGCAUCCAGUCAAGAAAGAUAUCAAGCAAGAGGGAGCUUGGAUUUAGCCUAUUUAGCUCUCAGCGUUGGGAACACAAAACAGAAUCCAGGACUUUCUCCCUUCUAAAAAAAUAUUGUCCACACUGAGUUGCAGAUUCAGAUUCCCUCUUCCUUUUUCCUCUUCUGUCCCUCAUGAUAUGCACCGUGAUUUUCCUUAUCUGCCUUUUAACUUCUAGGUCAGGGGUAGACAACCCCCAGCAUGGGUACCAGAGCACAGCACAUAAAAGCAUUUUGCUUGGCACAUGUGCCUUGGGCCAGACAGGGAAGGGGCUGGGGCUGGCACAACAAGGUUGCCCCAACACAGAUUGGGCCCCUUAUGACUCCCCUGCCAUCUGUCCCUGGCACAUCAACAUCCUACAAGUCGAGGUUGCUGGUGUUUUUGGCACUCUGCCCAAAAACAUUUCCGACCCCUGUUCUAGAUUACUUCUAUAUGGAAUCAUCAGUGUUUAUAACUUUUGGAGAAUUGUCUCCAUGAGAAACCAUCUCUUUCUCAUGGUCAUCACAGGUACUUGAGCUAAAAGAAUAGCUUAAAAAUUAGGGGGUGUUAUCAGGGAAUUUCCAGGAGGGAAAUUCACAACUUAUGAUAACUUUAUUUGGAGUUGUAUACUCUCAGCACUUCUGAAAAUCCAGACUCUGGCUAACUUAAGUUGGGGACUCAAAAGAUGAGCUGCCAAAAAUCAGGAUUUAAUUUUUAGUAGCCAUAAGUAUAUACAUAGAAAUUUAUUGGAUUGGUCUUCAGUAUCCUUUUUAAGGUUCUCCUUUUUUUCCUACAUUUUUUCCAAAUGUAGAGAAAACUAUUGUUCGCCUUUUUACAUGGAAAUAUGAAUUUCCUGGUAACAUCUGAUUCUCUGUUAUGUACUUUCAGGAUUUGGUGAUAUUCUUCUAUUAUAUCUGCUAAGAUUUCUCUAUACAAUAACUUAUUUAAUAUGGUGGAUUUUUAUCUCAUGCUUGAUUUGCUUUAUAUAAAUGCCUGAAUUUACAGAAAGCACAUUCAUUUUUGGGGGAAUCUUCUUGUCCUCUGUCUUGAACAUUUACGCUGUCUACAGGUAAAGUUGGCUAAAUACCAUUUCUCUAAAAAGUGGAAAUUUUACUCCUCGUAAGACUGAUGGUCAUAAAUUCCCUGGUCACACUUCAGGGGGAAAAAAAUCCCAAUUACAUAGUAUCUUGUUGGGUAUGACAAUGUUACUCAUCUCAGGGUAGAAUUUUGUGAUUUUCCCACUUUUAAAUUGGAAACUGUACUACAGUGCCAUAUACAUUCAGAAUUCUUAUUUUGCAGGUCCAACUUAGUUUGGGUACCUGUGGGACUUCCCUUUGGAAGUGGGAUAGAGGAAUCUUCUUAGAAAAGUUAUUGCUGAUUGUAUGGUGGGAAGGGGCAGAAUGGAGAAAACAUUAGGAGAAAAAUAGAUCAAUCUACAUGCAUAUCCAUCUGCCUGAAAUCAUGGUGUAAUCGUCAUGUCUAAGAGGGCAUUCAUAAUUUCUUCAUUCACUCUAGGUAUCCAUGUCAGCAUGGGAUGAGGGUCUGGUUUCCCCUGAAUAAAUGGUUCACUUGAGAAAUUGUUAUUUGAAUUUUGCUACAGCAGUUUGGCCUUUUCUUUGGCCUAUUCUAAAUCAUUUUUUAAAAGAGAUGGAGCUUCAAAGUUAAUAGCUUUUUUUAAUAUUACUCUCUGUGGUUUCCACUGUUGGGAUAUAUGGCUCACAAAUAUGAAUGCAGAAUCCUUUAACUCACAGUAAUGUCUUCUGGGGCUAUACAGCUAAUCUUCAUGUUCUUGUUCCCCUUGGGUCUCCUUCACCCAGUGAGUUUAUAAAGAACACAGUGGACCUGACUGCCAGGUUUCUUGCAGGGCUGAUUGGUUUGGGAACCACUGCCAUAAACAAUUGGCUGAUCCCCCAAAGUCUUUAAUAGGUCCAGUUGUGCCUCAAAGAGAGAUCUUCAGAUGCUGCUGCUUAGCAUUGAUCAUCAUGUGGGGCUAAGCAAAAAGAGGUCCACAAGCAACUCUCUGCUUUCUCUUAACCAGCUCCAGUGUGUCCCCCAGGUGUGGUCGUGUACUUGCUCACCAUUUGCGGCAAGGAGGAGAACCAGUGGGUGCUCAGAGUCGACUACAAGAGCAGGUGGUGUUGAGUGGAUAGUGGCAAAAAUGGGAGCUUGGGACAUAACUGAGACUGGCAGCAACACCAUUCAAAGACCAAGAUAAUGAAGCUCUGAUACAAGAGGGUUCAAGAAUCCAGCUUCCUGUCCAUUGCCUGCAAAAUCAUGAUGCCUGGUAUGAGGAGCUCUCCCACAUCCUUGUGGGGGCAACUCUGUCUACCAGGACUACAUUUUGGACACCUCUUGUAGAACAUAGAAGAGGAAUUGGAUGCUAUCGUGGUGGCAAAGGUCCACACACACUCUGAGCAUGGUGAGGUUGAGUUUUAUGUGGAAACAUUAGCAAAGCUGCAGAAAGACCUGGAGCAAUCAAAAGAACAGUUCAUAUAGUGCACUAAGAAUCUUGAAUCUGUAAAACAGAAUAUUCAGGAUUUAAAAUAGGAAAUAAUUUUAUUGGAAAGAAAUCACAAAGAAAUGAUUGACAAGGUAUCAAGUCAUCACUGAUUUCCAAUGCCCUUCUGGUGUCUGAUUCACUUUUUUAUCAUAGAAAAAAUCUACUAUACAGAUUUUUAUGGAAGAAUGUUAAAUACAGCUUGUAAGAAUAUACAUAAAGAUGAUCACUGGGCAUGUCUACAUGAUACAUUUACUGUGUAGUCAAUUAAUUAGCUCCGCAAUAAAAUGUCACUGUCUAUACGUGCGGUGCUAUUAGGAUGGAGUAAACUAAUUAACUCUCCUGUAGGAUUCUACUACCAGACACAAGUAGUAUGCUACAGCAGACUUAUUUACUUCACUGCAAUACCUGUGAAAACACUGAUGGGGCUGGCUAGGGCAUAAGGGUGCUUCAGGGUAGGGGCUGGCUACUGGCUAGCUCUGCACUGGAGCAUCCUUGUGCCCCAGCCAGCCCCUCCAUGGCACGUUGAGUCAGGUUGUAGCAGCCCUGGGUAGGCAGGCUGACCCCGGGAACCUCCUACCAGCUGGGGCUGCUCCGCACUGGCUUAAUGUGCUGCAGUCCUGGGCAUGCAUGCAAACAUGGCUCCUGGGAGUAAUAAACUCCAGUGUGAACUGGUGAACACUGUGCCCGUCUCUGCUCAAGAAGGCGUUCUCGGGCAACGCUUGCACGGGCAGCUAAUCGGAUCUGCCCCAGUCUCGCAGGAGGGUCCCCAGAGGGUGCCCCGGAAGCCGGUAGCAGAUCCCCGAACCUCGCCGACCGAGGUCUCGGCUGGGCCCACAGCAGGGGGGUCCCCCUCUCUGUGGCCUCCAGUGCCAAAGCGCCCCUGGGCGGGUUCUCAUGGGGCUCCGACCUCCCCUACACCCCAGCCAACACCACCUUUGGUCGCGGACCUUCUGCUCCUCGUCCCCAGCCCGAGGACUGUGCAUCGUGGGCCCUCUUGCCCUUGCGGGUUUCUUUCCCGAUGCCCUCGCUGGCAUCUCUGCCGACACUUCCCCGGUUCCCUCACCGGUGGUUCCCGCCGGCUCUUCUCCAGUUCCCUCAUCGGUGGUUCCUGCUGGCUCUUCCCCGGUUACCUCACCGGAAUUCCUGCCGGCUCUAUCCCGGUUCCCUCACCGGCGUUCCUGCCGGCUCUUCCCCAGUUACCUCACCGGCAGUUCCAGCUGGCCCUCUCUCUGGGUUCCUCCUCGGCACCUCCACUGGCUCCCUCGUCAAUUUCGCUGCUCCUCCUCGGCGCCGUGGCUCUCCCAGCCUCCGCUGCUCCCGGCGCUGCUGCAGCCUAUCCGGCCCACGGCAAAGGCUCCGUGCGGGUGCCUGGUUCCGGCCCUGGGCUUCCCUCCAGGCCUCGCGUCCUCCCGCAGUGCACCCCCUCUGCCUUUGGGGCUGAAUUUUAUUUCCGCCGAGCGGCGCCUCUCUCUGACGUCACUCCACUCCAGCUGUAUGAAAGCGCGGCUCACGAGCCGUGCGGGUGGUUCCCCGGCCUGCACGCCGCUACCACUCUCACCUCCUGUGAAGCAUAAACGAGCGUUUCCUCUGGCUCUGGGCCGGGGUCUCCUUCUAGCCCCGUUGUCCCUGGGACAAACCCACAUAAUGGUGUGGUGAAAUCUAAAAGUUUUACUAGUAGUGGGUUGGAACACACAACUGUUGACAUAGUAAGAAACCUAAAUGAAUGCCAAUCAUAUUACUUUUUCCUGUAUAUGUCAUAUAUAUGUUAUAAUGUCAUAUAUAUAUUUUAUAAAGAAAUUCUUUAAAAA